AUGUCGCAAUCAAGCAUACAGGAAACAAGCUUUGAAAUCAAAGUCUCGGGCCCUUCACUAAUAAAGCGUAGGGGAAAUGCAAGAGUAGCUUCAGAUCAUGUUGAUGCUUUAGCUGAGAUCAGUCAGCUUAGCGAUUUUGAAAGAUCUUUUUGUGCCACCAUUGAUAAUGCGAAAUCUGCUGGCAAUUUCCAGAAAGAGGAGAGUGACUCUAAUAAAUCAAGGAAUGAAAGUUUAAUGCCACUCAAUCAACCAUAUGACAACGCACUGCUUGAUAUUCCGUACUCUUCCAUUACAAAAAGUGAGGCCGAAAAGACACCAAGUUUGGUCAGUUCUUUACAUAGUCUUAAUACAAGGCAUUCUUACGAUAUCACGUUUCCAAAAUGUUGGCGAGACGACAUUUCGAAGUUUGCCCUGGACACUCUUGAAACAGAGCUUGAGUCUGCCAAUGAUAAUGAUGAUUUUAUUCAAGGUUUGAAGCAGGGCGUGAGUUUUGAUGAUUUGGAUGAAAAUUUGGAGAUUGAAGAAAAGCACGAACACAAAAGUACAAGUUUGAGAAAUUAUGACAAGCUUAUGAAGAAAUUCAAGGGCAUGUUUCUUGAAGCCCAAAGAGGUACGGCAAAGACUGAGAGCACUUGA